AAAGAUCAACGUGUGGAAAAAUGUUGUCGUUUCUAUUUCUGUUCGUCUGCUGGGUGAUGGUGACGCUGUCGGCCGGAAUUGCCAAGGCGGAAUUCGCACUAUCGCCACCGUACCCGGCAACUUUGAUUCACUCCGGAAGAGGAGCCUUGGCUGCUGGAUCAUCUGAUUAUUCCACUCGUCAUCAUCUCUACUAUUCCCAGCUGGUGCCUUAUUACUUUUCCGGGAAUCGCCGAUUGGCAGCAGCAGCCGGAUCAAUGCCCACCAACCACUACGGGUAUCACCAACAAGCUGGAUCGAAUUAUUACGAGGUCGAUUACCCGUCGUAUUAUCCCGUUCAUCCGCCAGCGCCUAUUCCGCAUCAAUAUUACCAGCAGCAGGAUCCAGUUAGUGAGUAUCGGGGUAAUAUGAUGACGGGCUCUGCUGGACAGGCCGAAGGACCCAUGUUGAGGGAGCGACAAAAUGGGCCAUUUCAAUUAUUCUCCGCACUAAGAGGACCACCAGGUCCACCAGGUCCUUUUGGUCCUUCUGGACCAGCUGGAGCAGCGGGUUCUCCUGGAUCGGCCGCCGGUACUCCUGGCCCUGCUGGACCCAUUGGAGCGCAAGGACCAGACGGAAUUCCAGGCACUGACGGCGUACCCGGAACGGACGGCGUUCCCGGUACGGAUGGAGUACCCGGCACAGACGGCCUAGUCGGACCGGAUGGAGCCACUGGUCCGGAUGGAAUGCCCGGUCCGGAUGGUCAACCAGGUCCGGAUGGUCAACCCGGUACGGAUGGAACACCUGGUACGCCCGGAACGGAUGGAAUCCCUGGCACACCUUGAAAAUGAAAGAAAAAUUUGGAAUUGGAAUUUAUUUUUAAUAUUGUCAAGGG